GGCACUAAACAUAGCAUCGAACUUCCGCAAGGGAUGAGUAGUCUUGCCCAACUACUUAAAUAACCUAGCAGACAUACACAACUUAUAAUCAACCCUCAACUUUCACUUACGAAUUUCACAUAGCUCCCAUGUCCAAGGAGUUAGACGUUAACCCAUCGGAGGUUGAAUUCCUCGAAACGCUAAAGGAAAGCAAAUACUCGGUAGUGUUCAAAGUGCGUUUCCGUGAAAAGCUAUGCGUCUUGAAAGUGGUAAGCCAGCACCCCCAUUUAAUAUACUGCCUUCUCACUUAAUAUCAAAGUAUCACGAUCGGGAGCCAAAUGAACUUGACCCUCCCGACCGCAUAGUCAACCUCUUCAUCUCCGAAUCCACCGCCUACCAACGACUAGAAUCCAAAGGCCUAUGCCAGAGGGGCGUUGUCUCAAACGUCUACGGGACAAUCAGAAAGAUCCAACCGGCUGAUUGGCCAAAUCUCCACAUGUUCCUUAACGACAAAUUACCACCCAAUGCUGUCCUAAUUGAGUAUAUUCCACACCUGCAGCAAAUUGACCUAUCCAACUACUCACCACAACGCCUGGCUACACUCCGUGAGAUUCUCGACGAUAUUCACGCAGCGGGGGUUCUUCAUGCUGAUCCAAAGCCGCGUAAUAUGAUGGUUUCCAUAGUGGGAGAGGAGAGGGUACUCUGGAUCGACUUUGACUCUGCACAGACGUUUUCAGAGUGCGGUGAUCUCUCGCCAAGACAACGAAAAUGGUUCGAUGAGGAGAAUGAGAUGAUGGAUUAUUUUGUUGAUGCGUUGGCGAAAGAUUUUGAGGAAGGCAAGUUGGAUCGCACGAUGUCGUACUAUUAUGAAUGGUACGUAUAGGUAGAAAGCUUUUAACUUGGGUUACACUGGCAGUAUGAGAAUUUGUUGCUCUGGGUAGUAUCUUGAACAUAUACAUUAGGAGUGUCAACGUUGAAUGGUUGGUCUUUAGUACUAUGUCAGUAUCAUCUUCCC